GCGCCGCGCGGCGAGGAACGGCGAGAGCGCCUUGCGAGCAGUAAAUUUCGCAAGCCCGAUGGUUUGCAUGAGUUUUCGCGCUACCUGUUACGAAAGCUCGACGGAUGAUACGAAAACACGUGUCUUUUCCGUGGCCGGAGUGUCGAUAGUCGUAUUCGUCGGCGUGUGACUGCGCGCGCGAUCUCUGAGAAACGUUCUCGCCGAAGGGGAGCCGCACGGACGUGGACGCGCGGCAUGCCAAGAGACAGUGGUGAGACUGAAACAGAGACAAAGAAAGAGAGUGUGUGAGAGAGAGAGAGAGAAAGAAAGAGAGUGUGUGCGUGUGAGUGAGACAGAGGGAGAGAUAGAGCGAGCGAGCGAGAGAGAGAGAGAGAGAGAGAGAAAGAGAGAUAGACGUUUCCGCGAACACGUUCCUCACGCGCUCGUGCAUACGUUUCAGCACACGCGUCCUCCGAGGGAAAGCGGGCCGCGAGGCGGUGCGGUGCGACGCGGCGCGGUGCGGCGCGCGGGGCGGCCAUUUUAUGUUAGUAUGACGUAGAGGCUGGGUGUAGCUUCGCGUUCUUAUUGCCGUGUGCUGUUGUGCGCGCGCGAGGCGACGAAUAAAGUAACGGGCGGACGCUUGGCGUCCGAUGCUGCUGCUGCCGCUGAGCCAGCUCCUGAGCGCUUGGACACACGCAGCACGGCGGCACGAGUGGCACGGAGAAGUAACCGCCGCGGUGGUGUCGUGUCUUCCCGCGAGUAGCUGUGUAGCAACGCGCGGAAGCUAGGCAGCGCUAGGUAGCCUCGAACGUGUGUGGGAGCGAAUCGGUUAACUUACCUAUCUGCGGCGGGAGGAGAGGCGAGUGAACCGAGCGCCGAGAGUGAGUAAGAGAGAGAGAGAGAGAGAGAGAGAGAGAAAGAAAGAGCGAGUGAGAGAAAGAGCGAGUAGGCGAGAGGGAAGCGAAGGGGAGAGUGAGUGAUAGAGAGGGAGAGCGAGAGAGAGAGAGAGAGAGAGAGAAAGAGACGUACAGCGUGCCACACAGCGCGUACGAGAAGCAGGCGAGCGUACGAAACAUAUUAUCAACGAGAGCUGUGGCUAGGUAGAGCUCUAGCGAGAGCGUGCCAACGGUAAGAGCCAAGUGUGUGUGCGUGUGUGUGGGACUGUGUGUGUGUGUGUUUGCUGCGGCAGUGCCCGUAGCAGCGCAGCGCGCGAACAUGAGCGAGGAAAGUAAUCCACGUACUCUAUACGUGGGCAACCUGGACACCACGGUGUCCGAGGACCUUUUGUGCGCGCUGUUCUCGCAAAUCGGCGCGGUCAAAGGCUGCAAGAUCAUCCGCGAGCCCGGCAACGAUCCGUAUGCUUUCGUCGAGUUUACGAACCACCAGUGCGCGGCCACGGCGCUGGCCGCCAUGAACAAGCGUUCGUUCCUGGACAAGGAGAUGAAGGUUAACUGGGCGACCAGUCCGGGCAAUCAGCCGAAGCUCGACACCAGCAACCACCAUCACAUCUUCGUGGGCGACCUUUCGCCGGAGAUCGAGACACAGACGCUGAAGGAGGCCUUUGCGCCAUUCGGCGAGAUCAGCAAUUGCAGGAUCGUGCGUGACCCUCAGACAUUAAAAAGCAAAGGGUACGCCUUUGUAUCGUUCGUGAAGAAGUCCGAGGCUGAGGCGGCAAUCGCGGCGAUGAAUGGACAGUGGCUGGGCUCCCGGAGUAUCAGGACGAACUGGUCCACUAGGAAACCACCACCCCCGAGGUCAGAGAGGCCGAGACACUCAAACAAUAGUAAACCUAACUACGAAGAGGUAUAUAACCAAAGUAGUCCGACCAAUUGUACUGUAUAUUGCGGAGGUUUCACAAACGGCAUCACAGACGAGUUGAUAAAGAAAACGUUUUCUCCCUUUGGCACCAUCCAAGAUAUUAGAGUGUUCAAGGAGAAGGGAUAUGCCUUUAUUAAAUUUACAACUAAGGAAGCAGCAACGCACGCCAUCGAAUCGACGCAUAAUACAGAAAUCAACGGUAGCAUCGUCAAAUGCUUUUGGGGGAAGGAAAAUGGCGACCCAAAUAGCGUCGGUCCUAACGCCAAUCAUCAAGCUCAACAGGUGACAGCAGGAGCUGGGCAAUAUCCGUACGGAUAUGGUCAGCAGAUGGGUUACUGGUACGCGCAGGGUUAUCCACAGAUGCAGGGACAGUUCUUGCAACCUGCUCAAUAUUAUGGCCAAUAUUACGGCCAGCAGACCCAAUACAUGAACAGCAUGAGGAUGCCCGCUCCUGGUGCAGGCACUUGGCAACCGGCCCAAGCAACCGCCGCACCCCCGACGGCAAGCGCACCUCUACCACCGGGUCAGCAGCCGACUAUGGUAACAUAUACCAUGCCACACCAAUACCCUACGCAAUGAAGUUGAUGAUUGACCAGCGUCAGCUAAUUGUUACAUACGAUACAGUUGUCGCGCAGGGGCUAUCGCGAAAAUCGUUCUGUCAUAUACCUACUCCAACAUUUAUAUCCGAGUUUUUGACGACAACGUAGACGCUUAGGGUAAUCGUUUCUAAGACUAACAUAUAUUUCUUAAAAAAGAAAAGAGAAAAAAAAACCAAACGAACAUUCGUUACAUACCGAAUCAAAGAGAAGAAAGAGGGCAAAGAAAAAAGAAAACAAAAAACAGGCAUGGGAUGGGGGAAUCUUCUCUUUACGCAAAAGACAUUCUUUCGUGAGUGAAAUAAAAAACGCGCAAAAAGACGCAUCGUUAUUUUCUUUCUUGUGUUUUCUUCGUGUAGAGACGCUAGCGACGUUACACGAUUUGUUGUAUCGCGACGCGACCAAGUCGGACAACACACGUCUCACCCACGACUUUGUAAUGAUGAUGAUCGUAAACGUACCUUACGAUCUUUUUCGCUUCAUGCAUACGCUUGCCGAUGUUGAAACAGGUAUAUCUCCGAACUCUUCCUUGCGGUCCCCUGUUAAAAAAGAAAAGUAAAGGAAAACACAACCGAGCCCCGCACACGUUGCGUUGCGCGAGCAAGUACGUACGUACGUAUGCGGCGAUUGCGUUGUUGAUAUCUUUUAAUAUUUUUGUCACUGAAUACCCCCCAGAGUCCCCUCAGUUUAAUCGCGGAUCAUUGAACGAACGACGCGCGACAAAUGUUCAUUUGAGAGAGAGCGAGCGAGAGAGAGAGAGAGAGAGAGAGAGAGAGAGAGAAAAAGAGCGCGAGAGAGAGAUACGGCGUACAGAGUACACCGGGACAUAGUUAAUAAAAUAAGGAUAGAAAAAGCGAUUAGCUAGACACAGCGCCUGUGAUGUAGCUAGAUUUUCCGGACGCGUGUACGCCAACGCGUGCGGGGCUUCUAACAAAUAAACUGCGCGAGAGUCGAGUUACAACUUUCCUCGUUAUGUGAUAUUUAUCGUCGGUGGUCAAUAUGUAAAACUUUGCUAUAACGAUCUUUGAAAGGAAGAAAGUAAUGGAGGAGCUAGAAAGAAGGCAGGGGAAAACCGAGAAAGAGAGAGAGAGAGAGCGAGAGAGAGAGAGAGAGAGAGAGAGAGAGAGAGAGAGAGAGAGAGAGAGAGAGAGAAAGACAGGGGAAAAGAAGGGAAAAAAGGGAAUGUUUUGUUAUUAUAUAAACGUGUCGGCGAAUCGAGGUUUGCUCGGAUACGGAUACAAAUAUUAAUUAAUUGCCGCGCGUCACAUGUGUGCAUUAAUGACGCAUCGGCUCGCACGCUCCACGCUUCGGUACGUCUCGCCCCAUCCGUCACUGCGAAUUCCCGCUCGGCGAAGCGCGUCGACGUGCAGCGCUGCGGAUAUCCCGGUCGCGAUGUUAAAAACAGAAGAAAAACAAUAGAUACCGUAAGGGUCGAGACUGUUUUGACGAAGUGGUGACGGACGUGGCGAAAAGUACAACGAGGAUCGUUCAUGGUGUGUAUGUGUGUGCGCGCGCGCGCGCGCGCGCGUGUGUGUGUGUGUGUGUGUGUGUGGUGUUCGGGCAUCGGCAUUAAUACACUCUGUCGUCGCGCGUGGUAAAUAAUAAUAUAUAUAUACACAUAUAUAUAUAUAUAUACACACA